UGGCUGCUGUGGGCUACUGUGUCUAGUAUUUAGCACUUCUUCACACCAUAACAUAGUAUAAGAUGCAACACCGCAAUGUACUUGAUUCUGCAUAAAGAAGUGGACAUCCAGGGGCGGACUGACAACUCAUGGGGCCCCUGGGCAAUAGGGGAUCAUGGGGCCCCUGUGUCCUUGCCCAAACUCAAAAAAGCCUAUGAAAAAGGUACCAGGGGCAUCUCAUGGGGCCCCCUACUGUCCCCGGGCCCUCGGGCAGUGCCCGAGUUUCCAAAUGGUCAGUCCGCCCCUGUGGACAUCCUA